AUGGGUGACCACAGCAUGGGCUCCCCUGCCCGCUCCGACGGGUCCGCUCGCUCGGCCGAGGCACCGCGGUCCGAUCCGAGGGCGCCUGAAAAAUCCGAGGCGAGAUCCGGGUCGCCGAUGCGCGAGGACGGCGAAACCGACGACGAGACGCGCGUGGUGAGGGUCGCCAACCUCACUCGGAUCGUGAACCACAAGCACCUUGAGGAGAUAUUCGCGCACUACGGCCGCGUAGAGAGGGUCGCGCUCGAGAGGUUCAGGCCCGACAAGGCGGACGAGAACGGCGGGGACUCGUCCAACCUUCGCGCGGGCUUUGUCGAAUACGAGAGAACGGGCGACGCGGCGAGGGCGAUGUCCCACAUGGACGGCGGCCAGAUCGACGGCAAGGAGGUGGCGGUCACCCGCAUCCGAUCCGUCCCGCGCGACGCGCAGCGCCCGGGCGAGCACACCUUCGACCGCCGAGAUCGCGAUCGCGGCGGCGGCGGCCCCUCACGCGGCAGAGGCGGCCGCGGCGGCGACCGGUACGAGCCCGGCGGCCGCGGCGGCGACCGGUACGAGCCCGGCGGCCGCGGCAGACCCCGCGCGCGCCAGUUCGGCGACUACCACGACGACAGGGGACGCGAGCGGGGGGACGACCGCGGCCCCGACGCCGCCAGGGGGCGACGCGACAGCCGCGGUCCCCCCCGAGAUUAUUGGCGCGGCGGCGGUCCCCCUCCCCACCACCACCGCGGCGGCGGCGGGCGCGGCGGGUCGCGCGACGCGUUCGACCGACGCGGACCCCCGCGCGAUGCACCCCCCGGUGGGUACCACCGCGACGGCCGGCCGGGCCGCGGAAACGGCGGCGGGUUCGGUCGUCGGCGAUCGCAAUCGCCGCCGCGGCGAGGAAGGAGAAGCGGCUCGCCGCCGCCAUUCGGUCGUCGUUCGCAACACGGGGGCGGGGCCUUUCGAAACCGGAGCCGGAGCCGGGGCGGGCGUCGCGGGAGGAGCUACUCGCGGUCGUACUCGAGCCGAUCGCGAUCGCGGUCGAGGCGAUCGAGGAGCAGGAGCAGGAGCAGGAGCAGGAGCAGGAGCAGGAGUCGUAGUCGGAGCCGGGGCGGGCGGGGUCGAGGCGGUCGGGGCGGCCGCGGGAGUCGGUCGCCUCCUCCGCCGGCGAAAGGUCGGCGGGGCCGGUCGCCGUCGUCGAGCACCAGCGGGAGCAAGAGGCGGCGCGCGGCGCGCAGGGGAAGCUCGAGCUCGUCGUCCAGCUAG